CGGGGAGCGGAAGGAGGGCCCCAGCAGCCUCCGAGCAGGUCACUAAAACCAUUUGGGACCGAACCUCCCCUCCCACCCCAAAACUGGAGAGGAUCUCGCUGGCAAGCUUGUGAUGGACCCCUGGGCCCCUGCCGGGCCACCCCAGCCAUGGGAGAGGCAGGCAGCCCAGGGGACACGGGGAGACGUGCCCCAUGGUCCCCCACCUCAGCCCAGGAGGCAGCUCCUCCGUGCGGAGCCCCCUCCUCGGCCUGGCUCCUGGGAUGGGAGCCACCUCCCCAGCCAUCCCUGGGAUGAGGGCCACCACCCCCGGAGGGAUGCCCACAGACCAGCUUCCCGGGCUGAGUACUAUGGAAGCAGCCACCAAAACAGACCAUACUCCAGGCAAGGAUAUGAAGAUUCCCACUGGCAGUAUCCAGCAGCCAACUACGGGGAUGACUAUGCCUACCAAAGCCACCAGUGGCGGCCAGUGACCUGGCAGGGUGACAGUGACCUAAGACGGGGAGAGCCUUAUGGCAAGACUUCCAAAUACCAGGACCAACAUUACUACAGGGGUUACCACCCCAACCUCGCCACACCCCCCCUGGGGCAGGACAGGACACAGACCUAUGACUCCUCCAAGGAGAGAUAUGUCUCAGCUGCCCGUCCUGAGUGGGCAGGGGGAGAAACCCUUGGAGGUGAUUCAGGGGAGGCUGGUGGCCAGUCCCGAGAGCCCUCGGGCCAGCCCAACCUGCUCCUGCAGUACCGUGAGUCGGGACUCAGCUCCAGCAGCCACGAGCUCAGCCAGUACAUCCAUGACAGUGCCGACCACUACGACCCCAUGCUUUCAGGGACCUGGAGCUUGGCACAAGCAGGAGGUCCCUCGGUAUCCACCCCAGCCCCGGUGGUGCCCCUCAAGUUCUCACUGCCGCACGUGGCUGUGUGCUUUGGAGCCGGAGGCCAGCUGGUGCUGGUGUGUCCCCACCACCCUGCCAAGGGACAGCUAGCCCAUGUCCAGCUACACAGCCUAGAGGUAAUUCUUCAUGACACAAAAGAGCUGGAGGAACUACAGGCCUUCCCAGGGCCCCUGGCCAGGGAAGAUCUACACAAGGUGGACGUGAUGACAUUUUGCCAGCAGAAGAUAGCCACAAGCUGUGAUCUCUCAACACAGAGAGGCAGAGAUUCAGCUCUUCUCUGGAAACUCCUGGUCCUCCUCUGCCGGCAGAAUGGGGUCACUAAAACCAUUUGGGACCGAACCUCCCCUCCCACCCCAAAACUGGAGAGGAUCUCGCUGGCAAGCUUGUGA